AAAUGAGCAUGCAGGAAAGACUUUAAUUUGAAUCCCAAUAUAUAUAUUCUGGAUAAACAAAAGAGAAAAGGAUUUUAAUUAAAAAAUGACAGCAGAAAAUUUCAGAAAUUCGAAAGAAACUGUUUUCAUUGAGGGAGAAGUCAAUUUUAAACAGGGAUUACGAAAUCGGUGGGCCAAAGCCUUUACGUCUGUGUAUAGAAAUAUACUGUGUGUCUAUACAGACCAAACAAAAGGAAUUGAAUUAUUUCGUUUUCAACCUGACACAACAUCAGUUUCAUCUGGAUCUAAAAGCGAAACGGGUUUAUUUAUGUUAAAUGCCCAAAACGAAACGUCAUUGUAUCUUUUUGAAGUGGGCUCGGAUUUGUUAUUACGCACGUGGUUGCACGCAUUAAAUUUCGCUGGUUGGAAAUCCGCUGUAGUUGGUGUGUCCACGUCUUAUCAUUCAAAAUCCAGAAGAUUUAUUCCAGAAGAUGAGAAGUACGACAAGUUAUGUUUGAAUGUUUCAUGCAAUUUUGAACAAGGGAUUACAUCACUAAGGAAUCAAACUCUGGAACGGUCAUAUAGUUUACCGUCUUUAGAAAACAUUGGUAACAAUGGAGAAAAAAAUGCGAAUACUCUUGCAGAGAAACAGCAAAGUUAUAUGCGAGUAAAUCAUGACCCAAUGAUGCAGAGAUCUCUUAGGGAAAGCAUCGCAGAAAGUGGAUACUGCUCGAAAGAAAGUCUAAGUGUAGAUUCAGAGAAAUUUUCAUUAAAACAAAAAAGCUCAUUAAAACAAGAUCAGGGAAGCAUCGACCAGAGCGAAGUAUUUUCUGAUAGCAUGAUGGUAGCUCUUUCAAUGGACAUGAAGGUCAAUGUCCAGAAGACACCCAAAAAAGCAACGUUACAAUCGAAAGUUGAUAUUGAUAACAAUUUUGAAGCUUUGUUUAAAGAACCAAAUAACGAUGAGCUGCAUCCGUUAAAUUUUGAAGACGUGGACGAUCCAGACGCAACACCAAAACUUGAGAAAAAAGCUUCGAUGAGUCAUAUUAUAUAUAGUUUGAAAUCAAAGUUUGGCUCAGCAUCAGCGAGAAAGAAAGGGAAGAAAGGUUCUAAAAGAAUCACUCGAAGCGAUAAAUUUUCUGGGCGACUUUUAUGGAACCCAAGUGGACAAUGGAAAGAUAAAUGGUUUCUGUGUCAGGAGGGUAUUCUAUCUGGGUACAAAGAUUACGGCGUCAAACCGGCAGAUGUUGUUAUUGACGUCAGCAAUUGUCUUUUGACGUCAUAUAGUUGUGAUGACAUCAUGCGUCGGCUGAAUUUAUUCAAGUUAACUACAACUGGUGGUGUAGUCCAUAUUUUUGCUGCUUGGAACGAAGAGCAAUACGAAUCGUGGGUUGAGGUUUUGAGUUUUACUGCACAAAGAAAAGAAGACAUAAAUUAUAUGGAACGUGUUCAUUUACGCAAAGAAAGUGAGGAAAUCGAAGACAGUGCGAUAAUUCCUUAUGAGAGAGCUUUAAGUGACGAACAACGAAAGACAAAUUCUUCAUCAUCAGAAAACAGCAGUGAAUUACAAGUUAACAACACCCCUGUUGUGGACGGCGUUGAUAGUGGAAACGACGGCGACGAAUCAGGAUUAGAAUCGUCGGUUAAUUCCAUUCAAAAAUUUGAAUCCAGAAAACGGCUAGAGAAGGAGAGAAAGCACCUUAACAGAAGUCAGAGUUACAACUUCAUGCAGGAAACUGACGAAACAGAUGGUGCACCCUUAGAUGCUACUAACUCACCUGAUGCAAGAGGUCUUUUUAAACUUGACUUGAUGACUACACGUCAAGAUUAUUCGACAAAACGUCAGGAUUCCAAUACAUCUACUGAGAACGAUAUCAUGAGAAGUCCAGAAUUAUCAAAUACCGACAUUACACCUUUAAGUGAUGACAACAUAGGUGAAUUUACGAAGAAACGGUCCUCUUUUAAUUACAAACAGCGCUGGUCGUCCAUGUUUGAUCAUAGUAGAGGAGCCGAUAAAAAAGACAAACAGUUCUCAAAGAAAGUUGAAAAAUCGCAAGAGUUUCGCAAACAAACAGCGUCCUGUGGAGAAUUAGAGUUACGAAAGCCAAAGUCCUUGUCAUUAACUGAUGUUUCCAUAAUAACAACUACCACAAACCCGACCACACCAAUCAGCAUCACACCUUGUAGCGAUUUAGAAACCGAAUUCGACUCAGCACACAGUCGAACUGGAUCUGUUGACAGUCCACAGUCAUUUCAAAUAGGUUCAGCAGAGCUUACAGCCACCAGAAGAAGGAGACAUGGUUCGGUUGAUAGUAAUGAACAACACUGGGAUGUAUUUGAUCCUGAAAACCAACUAAAGAAGUUAUCUGUGGGAUCAGAAGACGAUAAUAGUGACUGCUGUAGUGUCCCUAGUGUGUGUAGCGUACCAAUUGUUGAAGAACACAAACAUGACGAGCUGGAAGGUACUCUUCGAGAGGAAACAUUCUUGAGGAAAAGAAGAAAUUCUCUGACAUUGGAGCGUGGACAUAUUGUCAACGAAUUGGAGAUUGUGAACAAGAAAGGGAAUAAACAAGAAACUUUAAAUGCCACGCAAGAGAAGCAAAAGAAAGAAAAAGCUGAAAAGCUAGAAAUGAGACUUGAACAGAUUGAUAGUCAAAUUGAGAUAAUAGACAAAAAAAUUGACUUGCGUAUAAAUCCAACGUACAAACAGAAAAAAUUAAAACCAGCUGUAAACAAAACAAGAUCUAGUAACACUUUAAUGACAAAAUUUCGUAAAGGUCGGCAAAAAACUCCGAUGGAUAGCGUUUAUUCCAUGUCAGUGGAAAGCUUAGCUAGCAACACAAGUCGUGACAGUUCAACUGGAAAAGAAAGCCCAGUGGUUGCCAAUAAAAAGCAAUUCGAAGAUAGCCGAGAAUUAAGUAAGCGAAUUUCGGACUGUAGUGAGACCAGUAAUUGUUCACAAAAUAUCAACUCGGACUUAACUGGUAUACAAGAACUUUUAUUGACAACACAAAAACUUGAAUACAACAAUAACAACAAUAAUAUUAGUGAAAACUUUGAGAAGGGGUCUGUGUCACCACAGAUCAACCAACCACUUGCUUUUUCUGAUAAAUGGAGAAGCAAAUCCGUGAGUUCGAUGGAUUCAAUAAGAACAAGGGUGAAAAUAGAUGGCGUUAAAACCACAAAAAGGGGUGUGAACCACAAUCACUCAUCUGAGGAGUCACAGCUCAUUAUUGAGGACUUUGAAAAAUUCUCCGCCAUGCUCACGGACCAGAUGAAACACAAUCGAAGCUUAUGUGAUGCUAUUGACGUCUAAAUGAAUUCAAAGCUAAAAAUUAAUUUCACCAAAUGUUACUUACACUCGAAUAUUACUCAAAAUUUCUCUUGGAAGAGAAGCUCUGUAUAUUUUAAAUGGCGUCAUAUAUCAGAUUUAAAUUUUCAUUAAAUCAGAAUUUCUUCUAUUUGUUGUUGAAAAUAUAUAUCAUGUAAAUAGUACGUGUAAAUAUUAAAUUCUUUCUUAUAUAAUUCGUUUAUUCACUUAAUGUCAUCUGUACUCUCCUCCAUACUAUGAAAAAAAGACAGUUUCAAAUCUUUUCACUUCAAUGUUAGUAUCUUUAUUACAGCACAAGUUGCAAGUAAGAAUUGUAAGAUAAAAAAAAGAUUAUGUAACAUUAUAAAGAUAUAUACAAUACAUUUUUAUGACUUCAAGUUGUUGUUCUAUCUUCCCUGUUUGUUUCCAUGAACGUUUCUAUUUUUUGCUGAAGCCGUUGUAAAUGAACCCCGUAACCGUUAAGAACCCUGGGCUUCAUAGCGUUAAUUUAUUAUAUAUCAUUCUCUGUGUCAAGUAUCUUCUAACUCGAACUUUUUUCUAUUUCGAACACGCACCCAGGUCCCUUUCUGCAAUU